AUGGGUCUGUUAGAAGCAAGGACAAUAGGUUUCAUUGGCCUGGGAGCCAUGGGCAGCCCAAUGGCCCGCCGCAUCGCCGAGAAAUUACCACCAGGUAGCCAGAUGUACGUCUAUGACGUCGUACAGCCUCCUAUGGACGCCAUAUCAGAGGCCUUUCCCGGCAAAAUUGUAAAGGCAGUGUCUCCCAAGCAUGUCGCCGAGCACGCUAACCUAAUCAUCUCGAUGGUCCCCGAGGGCCGCCACGUACGAUCAGUCUAUCUGGAUAACGAGACCGGCAUCACCGCAGCGAACAUCUCGGAUCAUAUCAUCUUGGAAUGCUCAACGAUUGACAGAAGCACGAGCUUGGCGGUGAAGAAACAUAUCAAUACCAAUUUCCCCAAAGCAGAAUUCUACGACGCACCUGUGACCGGUGGGGUUUUAGGUGCAGAAAAGGGCACACUGGCGUUCUUCCUUGGUUGCAAUGAGAAUGAUCCGAAUUUCAAAAGCCUGGUAAAACUGCUGCAACACGUAGGACGCCAGGUUAUAUCUUGCGGAGGACCUUCGUUUGGUAUAGCCACAAAGCUCACGAACAAUUAUCUGUCCGGUUUGAUUGCAAUUGCUUCAUCGGAGGCAAUGAAUAUGGGAAUGCGUGCUGGUAUAGAUCCUCGAGUUCUAUCGCAAGCGCUGGCCGCUGGGACUGCUCAAAACGCAAUCUUAGAUAGAUUUAACCCUGUGCCUGGAGUUGUUCCGGAUGCACCAUCUAGUAACGGGUAUCAGGGAGGUUUCAAGGUACAGCUAAUGAGGAAAGACUUUGCCCUUGCAGUGGAUAUGGCCAAAGAAACAAAUGCUAAGACCAUCCUUGGUCCGCUCGGUCUCAAGACAUAUGAAGAUGCCACAAAUGAUCCCAGAUGUUGGGAUCUAGAUUCGCGAGUAGUUUUUAGGCAUAUUGGAGGAAAUGAGAACUGGAAGAAGAACGCCGAUAUUUAG